GACGCACAAAAGUUGAUCAGACUCAGAGUGACUUCCGAAUUGUUCAAGUAGAAAACAAAUUCAAUUUAUCACCAACAUAUCUUUUCUUCAAGUGGUCUUUCUCUUAUUAACCUUUCUCCUAUCGCUACACGCUUUAAUCAAAACAAAUCUACAGAUCAAAACUUAUCAAGAUGUCGGAGGCUCCUUGUUACUUUGAUACAAUGAAGCGCUCCUAUUCGGAUGUGACCGUCACUGAUGAGGGUGUCGAGACAUCCACUUUCCUGGAGGCAAGUGAAGAGCUCGUCAAACUCUUUGAUUUGUUUGGGAGCAAAGCUUUUGCGGUAGUGCAAAACGAUCUUAACGGAAAUAUCACGAAAAUCCGGACUCUUUACCAAGUCAACAAAACCGAAUGUUCAACCUUGGAACGCUUGGUCGAGUUUGAGAAGACAUCAAAGAAGCGUGAUGCGACUCAAGGACUAUUAUGGUUGACUCGUGGUUUACACUUUACCUACGAAGGACUUCGUCGAUCUCAAAAGAACCCAACCGAAGAGCUUUCUGAAUCUUUCGUAAAAGGAUAUGAGACCAGUCUAAAACCUCAUCAUUCCUUUGUCGUUCGUCCAGUCUUUGGGCUUGCCAUGAAAGCAUGCCCUUAUCGCGCGGAUCUCUAUGCCAAACUCGGUACACCCGACAGAGUCGAGGUCGAACUUGAAAAGUGGUUAACAGCGCUCGAAAAGAUUGUACAACGUAUUCAGGCCUUCUAUGAGAAGGGCAAUUAUGGUAAAGGUCUCUGAGGGAAGCCAAUGAAACUCAGGAUGAGAUACGGAUAUGUCGCCCGAUAACAAAUUGGAUCAUAGAGGGGUUGUAAUUUCGCCCUUAUCUGUCUGCAAUAUAAGUAUAAGUCAAGUAGUCUGGGCAUGUGCCUGUAAAGCGGAUAAGUGGAUAAUCAGUGCCCUUGUAGUGUCUUACAAGGAAUAAAACCCCACAAUCCUUGCAAAAUGUCACAUUCCUUGUCCAGCAGAUUUUCAAAUAAAAUUACGGUGUUUUUGAGCC